ACGGAAGCCGUUCGCCCCUUAAACCCUACGACAUUUUUCCGCUUCCUCUCGCACUCCCUCCUCGCAUCGGCAGGCAGCAGGAAGAAAGACGUGUCUUCAAAACGAAAUUGUUUUUUAAUACCCUCAACUUAGGCAAUCAUUUUAUCUGGACUUCCGUUUUUUUUUUUUUUGGUCACGUGGGGUGAAAAGGGGGCGGAGUUUGAGUCAAGCGACACCCUGUUAUUUUGGCGGUCUGCGUGUGUGUAGAUGUGCGACAGCGGUGUGUGUGAGGACAAGCCCCCGGCCCCCCCUGUCAGAAUGAGCAGCCAAGGAGGAGGAGCCAAGGACCCCCAGUCCACCAAUCACAACUCUCGACCACUGCCCUCCGUCCCCGAAGAAAAGAAGCCCAGAAACAAAAUCAUCUCCAUGUUCGCCUCGGAGAAAGGAGGCAGGAAGAAGGACCGGGACAAGGACAGGCCAGAGAUCUCCUCCCCGUCAGACUUUGAGCACACCAUCCACGUGGGCUUUGACGCCGUCACCGGGGAGUUCACCGGGAUGCCGGAGCAGUGGGCCCGCCUCCUCCAGACCUCCAACAUCAGCAAAUCGGAGCAGAAGCAGAAUCCGCAGGCGGUGCUCGACAUCCUGAAGUUCUACGACUCCACCAGCGGGAAGCAGAAGUACCUCAGCAUCUCCGCCUCAGAUAAAGAUUCCCAGUCGCUGGACAAGAAGAGCGCCAACACCUCGUCGCCGGGGAGGAAAGACGGCGACGACGAUGACGACGACGCCCCGCCGCCAGUCGUGGCGCCCAGGCCGGAACACACCAAAUCAGUUUACACGAGGUCGGUCAUCGAGCCGCUGCCGCCUCCGGAGGGCGACGCAGCCUCCAGACAGAAGAAGAAGGGAGGCAAGAUGACGGACGAGGAGAUCAUGGAGAAACUCCGAACUAUCGUCAGCAUCGGAGAUCCCAAGAAGAAGUACACGCGAUACGAGAAGAUCGGGCAAGGGGCCUCUGGAACUGUUUACACAGCCAUAGAUGUUGCAACAGGUCAAGAGGUGGCCAUCAAGCAGAUCAACUUGCAGAAGCAGCCAAAGAAAGAACUGAUCAUCAACGAGAUCCUGGUCAUGAAGGAAAUGAAGAAUCCCAACAUUGUCAACUUUGUGGACAGUUUCCUGGUGGGGGAGGAGCUCUUCGUGGUGAUGGACUAUCUGGCCGGGGGCUCCCUGACUGACGUGGUGACAGAGACCUGCAUGGACGAGGCGCAAAUUGCCGCCGUUUGCAGAGAGGUCCUGCAAGCACUGGAGUUCCUUCACGCCAACCAAGUCAUCCAUCGAGACAUCAAGAGUGACAAUGUUCUGCUGGGAAUGGAUGGAUCAGUCAAACUCACCGACUUUGGCUUCUGUGCUCAGAUCACACCGGAGCAGAGCAAGCGCAGCACCAUGGUGGGAACUCCCUACUGGAUGGCUCCGGAGGUGGUGACCCGCAAGGCCUACGGACCCAAGGUGGACAUCUGGUCCCUGGGCAUCAUGGCCAUAGAAAUGGUGGAGGGGGAGCCCCCCUACCUCAACGAGAACCCCCUCAGGGCCUUGUACCUCAUUGCCACCAACGGCACUCCUGAGCUGCAGAGUCCGGAGAAGUUGUCUCCGGUCUUCAAGUCCUUCCUGUCCCGCUGUCUGGAGAUGGACGUGGAGAAACGAGGCUCCGGCAGAGAAUUGCUACAGCAUCCUUUCCUCAAGCUGGCCAAGCCUCUGUCCAGCCUGACUCCCCUCAUCCUGGCUGCCAAGGAGGCCAUGAGGAGCAACCGCUAAGUUAUCGUCUGAGAGGAGGGUACGCCACACACCCAUAACACCAGCAUUUUUUUUAUUUUUUAUUUAUACUUCUGCCAACGUUCUUUUAGGGCUCGUCCACGUCCACACUGACAUAAGUCAUUACGUGUGGGUGGCAUUUGACAGAGUUAGAUCAUUUUAUUGGCAUCCAGUCAUGGACAUGACUUAUAUGUCAUCAAUAUUUACAGUACAUAUAAGUACAUAUAUGUCAUCAAUAUGUACAGUACAUAUAAGUACAUAUAUGUCAUCUAUAUGUACAGUACAUAUGAGUACAUAUAUGUCAUCAAUAUGUACAGUACAUAUAAGUACAUAUAUGUCAUCAAUAUGUACAGUACAUAUAAGUACAUAUAUGUCAUCAAUAUGUACAGUACAUAUAAGUACAUAUAUGUCAUCAAUAUGUACAGUACAUAUAAGUACAUAUAUGUCAUCAAUAUGUACAGUACAUAUAAGUACAUAUAUGUCAUCAAUAUGUACAGUACACAUAAGUACAUAUAUGUCAUCAAUAUGUACAGUACAUAUAUGUCAUCUAUAUGUACAGUACAUAUAAGUACAUAUAUGUCAUCUAUAUGUACAGUACAUAUAAGUACAUAUAUGUCAUCAAUAUGUACAGUACAUAUAAGCAAUGACCACAACUAGCUGUAUUAAAUAUCUAUAUAUGAUGUGGCGGACAACUAGUUUUUAUGUCAUUGACUAGUUGUUCUUAUAAAAAAAUGUUUAUGAUGACAAGUUGUUUUUAUUAAAGAAAAAUCUGUAUGAUUUAGCAGACCAACAGUUUUUAUAGAAAAAUGAUGUCAUGGAUAAAGAGUUGUUUUUAUAAAAAUAUAUAUAUAUAUAUAUUUGGUAGCCACCAUCACAAAAGAAGGUAGCACAUUGUGUGUGUGUGUGUGUCAGUGUGUGUGUGUGCUAAUGUGUAUGUGAGUUUUUGUGUAUUAGUGUCUGUUUGCAUGUGUGUGAGUGAGUGUGUAUAAGUGUGUGUGUGAGCGUGUAUAAGUGUGCACGCGUAUAUGUGUGUGGGCGUGUAUAAGUGUGUGUGUGUGAGAGUGUAUAUAUGUGUGUGAGAGUGUAUAUGUGUGCAUGCGUAUAUGUGUGUGAGCGUGUAUAAGUGUGUGCACGCGUAUAUGUGUGUGGGCGUGUAUAAGUGCGUGGGUGUGAGAGUGUAUAUAUGUGUGUGUGUGUGUGUGUGUGUGUGUGUGUGAGAGUGUAUAUGUGUGCAUGCGUAUAUGUGUGUGAGCGUGUAUAAGUGUGUGCACGCGUAUAUGUGUGUGGGCGUGUAUAAGUGUGUGUGUGUGAGAGUGUAUAUAUGUGUGUGAGAGUGUAUAUGUGUGCAUGCGUAUAUGUGUGUGAGCGUGUAUAAGUGUGUGCACGCGUAUAUGUGUGUGGGCGUGUAUAAGUGCGUGGGUGUGUGAGAGUGUAUAUAUAUGUGUGUGUGUGUGUGUGUGUGUGUGUGUGUGUGAGAGUGUAUAUGUGUGCAUGCGUAUAUGUGUGUGAGCGUGUAUAAGUGUGUGCAUGCGUAUAUGUGUGUGAGCGUGUAUAAGUGUGUGUGUGACUGUGUAUAAGUAUGUGUUUGAGUGUGUAUAUGUGUGUGUGUGAGCGUGUAUAAGUUUGUGUGUGAGCGUGUAUAUAUGUGUGUGUGUGUGAGGGUGUAUAUGUGUGUGUGAGUGAGCGUGUAUAUGUGUGAGCGUGUAUAUGCGUGUGUGUGAGCGUGUAUAUGUGUGUGUGUGUGUGUGUGUAUAUGUGUGUGUGAGCGUGUAUAUGCGUGUGUGUGAGCGUGUAUAUAUGUGUGUGUGAGCGUGUAUAUGUGUGUGUGAGUGAGCGUGUAUAUGUGUGUGUGUGUGAGCGUGUAUAAGUGUGUGUGUGAGCAUGUAUGUGUGUGUGAGUGAGCGUGUAUAAGUGUGUGUGUGUGAGCGUGUUAUAUGUGUGUGUGCGUGUAUAUGUGUGUGUGAGUGUGUCAAUGUGUGUGAGCGUGUAUAAGUGUGUGUGUGUGUGAGUGUUUAUAUGUGUGUGUGUGUGUGUGUGUGUGUGUGUGUGUGUGUGUGUGUGUGUGUGUGAGCGUGUUAUAUGUGUAUGUGUGUGUGUGCAUGUCAAUGUGUGUGAGCGUGUAUAAGUGUGUGUAUGUAUAUGUGUGUGAGCGUGUAUAUGUGUGUGUGUGUGUGUGUGUGUGUGUGUAUGUGUGUGAGUGAGCGUGUAUGUGUGUGUGAGCAUGAAAUGUGACUGUAAGUGUGUGUAUGUGUGUGAGCGUGUAAAUGUGUUUGAGGGUUUUUGUGAGUGUGUUAAUGUGUGUGUGUGAGUGUAUAUUUGUGUGUGUGUGAGCGUGUAAAUGUGUGUACGCGUGGAUGUGUGUGUGAGCAUGAAAUGUGAGUGUGUAAAUGUGUGUGUGUGUAUUUGUGUGUGUGUGAGCGUGGAUGUGUGUGUGAACAUGUAAAUGUGUGUGAGCGUGUUUUUGUGUGUGUGUGUGUGUGUAUGUGCGUGUGCGUGUGUGUGUGUGAGCAUAUAAAUGUGUGUGUGUGCGUGUCCCACAUCAGAGAUGACACAAUGUUUGCCUUGAACGACAAAGUCUUGAAAUGAGGAAAGAACUUCAUCUCCCUGACUGAUAAGAAGUUUAAUAAAGCAAAAAUAAUAAAAUAUUCACCUUUGUGAGGAUAUAAAAAUGUGUUUCUGAGUGACUGAUGAACUUAUUCAAAGAAGUGGUUUAUUUUCAAAGAACUGACUAGAGAUGAAUAAAAAACUUGGUAAAUUA